CCACCUAAUACAUCAAUUUCCUUCAAUCAACACCAGAUCAAGCAGAGGCAUUGCGAGCUCGCGAGGCUUCGAGACCGUACAGCGGUGACCGAUCGAUCGAUAGAGCGGCAAGGAAUGGCGGCGACAGGGAGCGCUCAGAGCCGACGGUUCGCCGCAGCGUGCGGCGUUCUCAGCCGCUGCAUCAAGUCGGCGGAGGCGCGGCCGGCGGCCACGGUGGUCCUCCCCCUCAUGCCCGGAGCGGAAGUGCCCGCGCAAGACGCGCACGCGGCGGGUCCUGCGCCGGCGAACGCGCAGAUGACCAUCUUCUACGGCGGAAAGGUGCUGGUGCUCGACGAGGUGCCAGCCGACAGGGCGGCCGAGCUGCUCCGUGUCGCUGCUGCCUCAGGCAGAGCGCGAGGAAGCUGCGAGGCGGCGGAUGGCGACCUUCCCAUGGCGAGGAAGGCGUCGCUCCAGCGGUUCAUGGAGAAGCGCAAGGGGAGGCUCGCCGCGCGCGCCGUCCCCUACAGCCGGCCCGACGGCGAUGCGUCCUGUUACCGUCUCACACUUACGCUCUGAUUCGUGUUCAUGUGUACUCUAGAGUAGCUUGGGACCUUAGUAAUUUACGGUCGAUGUGUGUCUUUGCUCUGAAUUAGUGAUCAAAUUGUUGCUCUUAAUUA